AUGGCACGCGUGAAAAAAACGAGUCGUGCUCCCCCAGCUGGCAACAAUCGUGGGCUGGCCGGUGUUCUUCAACUCGACCCAACUCAUGCCCAACCAAAUCACAACCAAUACAACCUUCACCAGCUCAACCAGAGUUUCUGGGAAGCACCGAAUUUUCCUGAGUCUGAUUUCGUCAGAAUGAGAGAUACUUAUCAGAUGCCUCCACCUCCGCCACCUGCUGUUGGUGAGCAAGAUGUUGAGGAUGAGAUCCCUAGUGGAGACUACGAUACAGUACUUGAGCAUACUGCCGCCGCUGGUGCAGCUGCUCUGACUCAGCCUCUCCACAAGAAGCGCAAAUUUGCCGCCCAUACUGGUUCAGCAGAUGUUGGGAUUGAGAAGCACUUCGUCGCAGGGCUGCGGGCUCGCAAGCGUACACCCUCUCCACCAUCGCGGUCGUCAACAGAUUGUCAGAUACGCAUUUCCGUCUUGGAAUCUACUCUUCGAAUCCUGAAAGACAAAAAGAAGGAGCUCGAGGAUGGAUUAGCUAUGAAGAAACGAGCACCCGAUUUUGGGUUUGGUCGAGUAGUCGAUAAACCAGAAACCAAGGCCAGCUCUCGACAUGUUACAUUUGUAAACUACGACGCUAAAGAGGAGGAGAAAAUGGAGCAUGUUCGAAAGAGGCUGAAGACUUUGACGAAAGAGUUCGAGGUCGCAAAGGAAGAAGACGAUGUGGAAGAGAUGAAGAGGUUGACAGGCAGGAUGAGCGGGUACCAGAGGGCGGUGGCGGAACUGAUGGCGCAACUAGCUGAGCGUAACGCUGCAAGUGAUAAGGAUGAGGAUGAUGAAGAGGACGGCGAUCUGCCAAUGAGCGGAAUGGAGGGAUGA